AAGGCAGGCUGUCCCAGGCAUCGGGAAGGGAUGCCACUGUGGCUGCUGCUCAUGCUGUCGAGAGGGUCUGUGGCUCAGGUUCUGAGCUACAAGCUGAAACUCCAGAAGUCUAUGACAGUGCAGGAGGGCCUGUGUGUCCACGUGCCGUGCGAAUUUUACUAUCCUUGGCUUUCCUUUAUGAGCCCCUACAUGUCUUGGUUCCAGAAAGGGGCAGAUGUAAACCAAGAUCCUCCAGUGGCCACCAACAAACCAAACCAGAAGCUGCAUGAGAGAACCCAGGGCCGGUUCUUCAUCCGUGGGGACCUCCAGACUGGGAACUGCUCCCUGGACAUCACAGAAGUCCACAAGGGGGACAGUGGGACUUACUUCUUUCAAUUGGGCACAUAUUCAUAUCUAGAUACUAUGUUCUCUCUGAAUGUGACAGCCCUGAGCCACACACCUCAUAUCAUCAUCUCGGGGACCCUGGAGUCUGGAUACCCCAGGAACCUGACCUGCUAUGUGCCCUGGGCCUGUGAGCAGGGCACAUCCCCCAUCUUCUCCUGGACGUCAGCUGCCCUCACCUCCCUCGGCACCAGGACUCACUUCUCCUCAGUACUCACCCUCACCCCACGGCCCCAGGACCAUGGCACCAACCUCACCUGCCAAGUGUACUUCCCUGCAGUUGGUGUGAUGGUGGGAAGGACUGUCCAGCUCAAUGUCACCUAUGCUCCACAGAACACAGCCAUCAGGAUCUUCCAAGGAAGCAGAACAGCCCUGGGGACUCUGCAAAACACCUCAUCAGUUCUCAUCUCAGAGGGCCAGGCUCUGCGGCUGCUCUGUGUUACUGACAGCAACCCCCCUGCUGAGCUGAGCUGGUUCCAGGGGUCCCCCACUUGGAAAGCCACCCCAAUCUGCAGGAGUCCAAUCCUGGACCUGUCUCAAGUAGGGGCUGUGGAGGAAGGAGACCUCAUCUGCCAAGCUCAGAACCCGCUGGGCUCCCAGCACAUCUCCCUGCAUCUCUCUGUGGUCUACCCCCUGCAGCUGCUCAGCCCCUCCUGCUCCUGGGAGGGCGAGGGGCUGCACUGUAGCUGCUCCUCCCGAGCCCAGUGGGCACCCACCCUGCGCUGGCGGCUAGGGGAGGAGCUGCUGGAGGGGAACCACAGCAAUGCCUCCUGGACCGUCACCUCCAGCUCUGCGGGGCCCUGGGCCAACAGCUCCCUGAGCCUCAGUGGGCCGCUGAGCUCCAGCCUCAGACUCAGCUGCGAGGCCCAGAAUGCACAGGGGAAACAGAGCGCCACUGUCCUGCUGCUCCCAGCAGAUAAACCGGAACCCAGGACCAGUGCGGUCAUAGGAGCAGUUGCGGGAGCUGGCACCAUGGCCCUGCUUUCCCUCUGCCUUUGCCUCAUCUUCAGAGUGAAGACCGGCAGGAAGAAAGCAGUCCAGCCAGUGCAAAGCACGGAUAUGAGUCCAGCUGGCAGCUCAGGCUCUGGGGCAUAUCAGCACCAGUCCUGGACGGACAUCCCUGCAGCUCCCCCAGCUCCUGCUGAGGCCAGACCCAUUUCAGAAGAGGAACAGGAGCUCCACUAUGCUCUCCUCAGAUUUCCCAAGCCGAAGUAUCAGGAACAGGAAGACAUCCACACCGAGUACUCAGAGAUCAAGACACACAAGUGAGGAACUGUUUUUCUCAUAGUUCUGGAGGCUGGAAGCUGAGAUCGACGUGUCAGCAGAGGCCUCUCUCCUUGGCUUGUAGUUGGCCGUCUUCUUUCUCUGUCCUCACCUGGUCUUCCCUCUGUGUGAGUCUGUGUCCUAAGUUUCUUCUGAGGAUACCAGAUGUACUGGAUUAAGGCCCACCUUAGUGACCUCAUUUUAACUGAAAUUUCCUCUUUCAAGACCCCAUCUCCUACAGUCUCAGUACUAUAGUACUGGGGUUUAGGAUUUCAAUAUAUUAAUCUUAUGAUUUUUCAACCCAUCACACUCAGCCUUGACUAUUUUAAAAUUAAUGGGCUUCUUGGCAAUGGUUUGAAUCUCCUAGUACAUGUGGAAGACCCCAGGACUUGUGUCCAAAAGACUGAGUUCCAAUCCGUCUACGCCACGGACACACUUUAUGACUUACUUUACUGUUCUACAAAGCAGCGAAGUCAUCCUCAUCUAGCAAAAAAUCGAUGAGUCAGUAAGUCCUGACACAAAGCUUUUUGUGAACUCUGCACACAUGCGUGUGUCAGGACUUCUCUUAGAUGCUUUAACAGAAAGUUUCUGAUAACAAUUUCUCUGAAGGCCUGGAGGGGCCAGUCCCAGAGAUCACAGAACUUUCCCACCAGGAUCAAACACAAGAAGGAUGGCUGCCCUUACCAUUUCUGUUAAACAGUAUUUCAUAGAUCCUUUCCACUGCAAUAAAUGCAAGAAGUAGAAAUAAGAGUUACCCAGAUCAGGGGGCACCUGGGUGGCUCAGUGCGUUGGGCCUCUGCCUUCGGCUUGGGUAAUGAUCUUAGGAUCCUGG